CAAAUUGACUAUCGUUGAAAGUCUGAAUAAAUGGAAAUGAAAUGCAGCUGAUACGCAACCCUUUAUUAUGAUAUUAGCUUAUAUUGUUGGAAUAGUUUUCCUUUUACUUUUGGCAGCCAUCUUUUUAGGAAGGUUCUUUGCUUGGCUUCUGGAGAUCUUUGCUCAGUAUGUUCUUCAGCUGGAUCUAAAACUUGACACACUUGGCUUAUUUGGUGCAAAUGGUAUUGAAAUUAAAUUCAACAAUGGGUUGAAAAUUGGAAUAGAAAAUAUAGGUCUUCACUGCAAAUGGACUCUAACUGACUCCAAGAGGCUUUUUACAGUGUUCUUUAGAAGGGUUGUUAUAGAGGUAAUAAAGAUUGAGGUUGAUGGCAAUGGUACCCAUCAUCUGGAUCAGGCAUCAAGCCAUGGCAGUUCAUCAAAAAACUUUGUUGGAAAACACAAGAAAACAAUCAAACGAGUUUUAAGAAAGUGUUGUCAGUAUGUAGGUAUUCACAUUUCCAGUGUAGAUGUCAACCUUGGUAACAAACAAUUACCUGGUACAUUUUUCCAAUGUACUCUACCCAAUGGCAUGCAGUUUUGUGCAAGAUCUGAUCAUGAUCGUCUAUGUUCAACCUUGGAAAUAAGCAAGAUUGGGACACGAUUAUUUCAAGCAGAUAAUGAAAGUGUGCAGGGCACAACCACUGUUGCAGAGUCAUCCAACCCUUUUGCAGAGAUUUCGUGUUCAGUCCUCGCAGAAAUUUCCGUUGUGCCAUUUGAAAGAAUUCAAUUGAUGACAGCAUCUGUGAAUGUGAAAAAUACAGAUAUUUUACUUUCAGAGGGAUUGCUUGGAGUUAGAAAAUCUCAAGAUGGUAGCACUCUGGAAGAUACUCAGACUCAUGACCUAUCCUCCCCACCUAGACCUUUGACACUGAUGGAAGUCCAAGAGAAUAUCUCAAGGUUGCCAAAGGAUGUCAAUGUUGCCAUGGAGAGCGUAACUGUUACUUUUCUAAACAAAGAUAAAAGAAAAUUUGUGUUGGAGGUAAACCGAGUAGACAGCCAUCUUCAUUCUCAGGAAGAGUUAGAUACGAACUCAUCAGAUACCACUCAGUGUGGUUUGAGUUUACAGAUAUCAGGAGCAACUGCUAGAAGUACACAAUCUCACAAGAUUUUUGAAUGGACCAGGCUUAGAAUUACCUCAAAGCUUUCUUGCCCCUAUGAUACCAUGGCACUAACUUCUACGUUACACGUGGAAUCUGUUCACUACACACAUGUCCAGGAGGAAUUUGUUUAUUGGUUGGAAUACUUCAAGUCUAGAAGAAAACAUAUGUCACUGAAAAAAAUAACUGCUCCAGAACUUACAAAAAUUGAUCAACAGUCAAAGAUAAGUAUUUUGUCCAGACUUCCUGCAGAGUUGGAGGUGACAACCUCCAUAGAUAUGACAGAUUGCUCCACAAGUAUGUUCAUUUCCCUUCCUCAUCAAAAUGCUCAGCCCUUGAGUCAAGCUGUGUUUACAUCGCUCACUGGGGAUGUCAAAAUGUCAGCACAAGAUUUGCAUCAUGUUACCACUGGAAGGGAGCUGAGUAUCAACCUACAACUGGAAAACUGUUAUCUAUAUAUGGAUACAAGUCAAACAGCUUUUGUUGAAGUUUCUAAGAAUAGUGUUUUAUUAAACACUUUACAAGACUAUCAGUCCCUUCUUCCAAGUUCUUCUAAACAUGUCUGGGGCAGAGUGCUAGCUCUUGGAGGCUGCAGUGUUAAGGUGACAACUGAACUCAUGGAAGGUAUUGAGAUACCAGCCAGUGUUAGAGUGACUGGCGAAGUGAGUUCAUUGUUCAUUGAGUGGUCACAUGAUGUAUGCAGAUUGUUGCUUGAGUGGUUGAAGCUGAGUUCUUUUAAAUCUCAAAACACUACAGAGGAAACAAAUUCCACAAGGAGACACAUAGUGCUUGAUUUGGAUUUUAGAGUUUCUGCAGUUAACUUGUUUUAUCUUGGAGGACUAGAAGGAGGAGUGGAUUCCUUUAUGAUGAGAGUUGAUAUGGUAGUAAUGAAUGCAACAUCAAUUCCUGAAUGGUCAAUUAACAAUGAAAUCUUUGGAAUGAAACUAUGUCGUCUGAUUGGAUUAGAAAAGGUGCCAUACAAAUGUGUCGUCUCUGUGGAAAUAGAAAGUGACCUUCUCAGCAUCCCUUUUGCUACUGUUUCAAUUUCAGGAGAAAAGACUUGUUUGAUGUCUAUUAAAGAAAUAUUGAUAAGUUGGGAUUCCACUUUACACAUGGCCAUUCAUGAAAGAAUGAAAGAACUAACUGAUGAUGGUGCUGAACUGAGAGCUUUACUACAAGCAUCUGUGAAAGAUACUGAGAAUUGUUCUCCACCAGAAAAAGAAAGCACACCCCUUCAUCUUGUCUGCAACAUUACAUGGGUUAAAUUUCAGAUGCAAACUUCACCAAAGACCAGCUUUGGUGUCGAAUGCAAGAUUUGUUCAUUGUCAUUGGAAAAUGGUGCACUGGAUAUGAAAUCUGACUAUACUGGUUUACUCUUUGAUAAUCAAAGCAUAUUUAAAUUUGAGACAAUUUCUAUUAAGAGACUUCAGCAAGUCGAGGAAGUUCUGAAAGUGAGACAACAAUUCAGGGAGCUGAAAACACAAAACAACACAACAUGGAUUAUUCAGGCAGAAAUGACACAAGUCUGUUUUCCUUUCAUGUUUAAUUUUGCUGCUUCAAGAGAUGAGCUUGUUAAUGUGUUUAAGAUGCUAAAGUCACUUCACGGUAAACCCAAGGAUGAGUCCUACGUCGAACAACUUCCUCCAGAUUUAUGGCUUAAUUUUGAGAGAAUAACCUUUGAGAUUGAAGAUGAUCCAUUCGAAGUCAAGUUGAGGGACAACUAUGCUUUACUGCUUGAUGAGAUGGAACAGUGGGACGAGAGACAGCAGCUACUGGCAGCUAAGUUAGAUGAGAUCCGAAAGAAGCCUGGAAACUUACUAACAGUGAAAAAAGAAGAAGAACUGAAGCGGUCUUUAGAGGAAAAAAAUUCUCAGAUCUACAUUCGAAGGUCCCAGACUCUGUAUGAGCAGACUCCGAUGAGAACUGCUCUGCUGACCUGGGAGUUUCACGGCUUGGAUCUUAUUGUUUUGGCUGAUGAGUCUUACCAUGGACAGGAAAAGGCCAUGAAGAUCAUGAAACAACUCAACAGUGAUAGCCCAUACCCAGCUUCAGGACUUAAGUUUACAACACUGUGGUGCCGGACAAUUCAAGGACAACUUCAGUCACACAAGUGUUGUCUGAGAGAUUUUCCUCAGCCAAUUUUUACCUCAAAGUCAGUUGAAUUACAAGGAACGCUUCUUGGUGCGGAGCAAAAACCAGCAGACCGAGCCAAACGAGAAGCCGUGGUAGAAAUUGGCAAGCCUUGGGACAAUAUAACGAUAUCUCGAAGUCUAAGUUCCUUGAAGUUCUUUUAUGAUCUGAAGUUUGAUGCAGAAAUUGUUGAGAUGGCGUGGGGUGUGGACAUUGAACCUGUCUUAGCUAUGGUGUCUUUCACAUUUGAAAAGUUGAGUUCUCCAAGUCGUGACGCAAGCAAGCCUCUUCCUUUCUUUGACAAAAUGCGCCUGCUGUAUCAUGGCCAUCUCCACCUAGCCAUGCGCGAAUGGUACCUGUACUUUAGUGCAUCCAGGAAUCCUUAUGAUACUACAGAGAGGAUGCAGUGGGAGUGGAAACAGGCUAAAUUUGAUUGGACCAAUGGUCGAAUUGUUGUUGAAGGUGAUUUUGACCUGCAUACCAGGGCAGCAUCUAAGUAUGAUGAUCGACAGGUUCUCCAUUUGCCUGCAUUUAAAUUAUGCACAAGCAUGAAGUGGCAUUGUCAGGGUGAUCCAAAUGAUCAUCACUCAGUGAUUCAGUGUGCUCCAGACAAAAUACCACAACUGGCUCCUAACCAGGUUCAUGACUCAUAUGCAGCUUUCAGAUCUCAAAACCUUACUCUAGACGUUUCCCUAGAAACAGGAUUGACCAAUAAAAAGGACUACUCCCAGAGCGACCCACCCAAGCUGUUCAUGUUUGCCAGCACAUUUAGAUGGUUCCAGAAAUAUCAGGCUGUGGUGUUGUGGUAUGUGUCACGGCCAAUCAAGAGAGGAACUUAUUUUAAACGGAACCGGGUGAAGAAGCGUCCUCUUGGACGACAUUAUAGGGAGGUCAACUUAUCGCUGCAUUUUCCCGAAUUUUCUUGGUGGUACUGGGGCUCAUUUACACAACAAAGAGGGUUUGAGCUGUCACUAGGGAACGGUUUUCUAGAGACCACCUACCGCCUGGCGCUCAGAGAGCAUCGUGAUGGCCUGGUGCGGAGACCAGCUGCUGACUGGAGUGCAGCUAAACUUCGAAGUGAAGUGUUGAAUGUUACGUGUCAUUUGUACGGUUUAGAAGAAGUGGAUGGAAAGGAAAGCAGUGAUGAGUAUGCGGAGGUUAGUUCUAUAGACUUGGAACCCACAAAGUACUAUCUUCUUGCAGCAUCAAGGUUGGAGUACUCUCGUCAAGAAACGUCGAAGAAACAAGAAUCAUGUAUAGACGGCCCUCCACCAGAGCUUCAGAACUACAGUCAUCGCGUUGUGUGCCAUGACUUGAAGGGAGCCUGGACACUAACCAACCGUCGUAUAGCAUUUGGUCUGUUUGAAGCUUACACCAAUGCUCAGGUUUUGAAGAAAAACCUCUCCGCUGAUGCUCUAAAAUUCACAAUUGUGGAAAAGAAGGACAAACAGGAUGAGUAUAAAGGAUCACUGGAUGCUUCAGCCAAGGCUCGAUCAGUGUCAGCAACAAACAUGCUGGAAAAACUUGUUAUGGAAAAGGAGUUGAAGUUCGUAGCGUUUGCUGAAGAGGGUACCGCUGAACACGAGCAAGUUACAGAAGCGCAACUUCAUGGAGUGGCUUUGAGUACAACAAAUGAUGUCGUCGAAUAUAACUGGCAUAUUGCAUUGGUGAACUCACAGAUCGUUCUCAAAGGAAUUGAGUCUGAAGGAUGUGUACUGGUUGCAGCUGGUAAUGCCAAGAUAUUGAACAGACUUCACACUCCAGUGUGGAGCAAAGGAGAGCUCUUUAACAAGAAGACAUGGGUGGGAAAUGUGGAAAAUCUACAGUACUUUGCCACAGUAGGUGCCGAGGACAAUAUUGGUUUAGACAGCACUCCUUGGUUAAAUACCUCAGUGAUCACGGGCCGGCAAAACAAGAACUCGUUCGAUAUAGCUGACCUGGCCAACAUCGUGGGGUCAGGAGAGGCUGUUGGCGGAAUGGUAGAUGCAGAUGUUGGGAAUACAGGGCAGGAGCCCACGCAGUUACAGCGGAUUGUGGCUCGUUGCGGCUGUGAAUUUCAUUUUGUGAGCUUCAGUCCUGAUUUGGAUCCUGUUGCUGAAGAACAUGCGCAUGAAGUCGUGCCUCCAUCGCAUUCCAGUCAUCUCCGAGAGGACAGACACGUGGCAGUAAACACUUUCACCAUCAGACACAAGUUGCUGGAGAUCUCCACUAACUCUGCUCAGUUCGCCAUGCUCAUUGACAUUGCCCAUAAUGUUGUGUUGUACACAGAACCUAAAAAGAAGGAAGCGUUUGACAGACUCCAGAGAAUGAGGUUUCAGUUACGUCUUUCCACUUCAGAAGAUCAACGAGCUCAAAUUCUUAGACUGCAGAACACUGUCAGAUCUCUUCAGACGGAAAUGCGGAGGUUAGAGAGAGAGCUGUAUGAAGUGAACACGUUAAGAAAGGAAGCCAUCAAUGAUCAAGAGCUCACUGAUGCUGUUAUCCAUAUCGAGAGAGAAAUCAUACAGCUAAAGGAGAAGUUGAGUUCUUCAAGCACUGAACUGAAAAUUAUGAUAAGUGCGUACAAGGACUUUCUGAUGAAUUUGGACACGCCUACGCCUGAGAAAGUUACCACUGCGGAGGUGAUUAAACUGGCUGAAGUUUACUUCAAUCAUGCUUCAUGGCAGCUGAAUCAAGAAGACGGACAGUUAGCCAUAGCCGAUGCAAAAUUAACUGACUUCAGUUACAGGAAAACUACUCUCAGGGGCUCCACUGUAGAACAUCGGUUGGAAUUGGGAAAGUUUCACGUCAGAAAUCUGUUACCCAACAGCAUUUAUAAGGAUGCUAUGAGCCCGCUAGACGUCAGCGGUAAGGGUCACGUGGACAGAGCCGUGGCUGUACGGAUAUUCAGUAGAGUGAGGCCGCCAGUUGGAGGAAUUGGAGUGAAGGAGCAUUUUGAAGUGAACGUAUGUCCGCUGGCCGUUCGCUUGACGCACCGCUUGUUCAAGAAAGUCAUGGUGUUUUUCUUUCCCCAGCGAGAGCAUGAAUAUGAGGGUGAAGUGGGAGAAGUAGAGCUUGGAUUCAGAGGGAUGGAAUUUGAGGAAAAGGAGAUGUUCAUUUACGAAGAUGAGGAUUUCUUAGGUCCUCCUACAGGUGGUAAAACGACAUCUUUGAAGCGAUCUCCGAGUUCUCUGUCUGCAGUAUCAGGAAGUUCCAUAGAAUCCUUCAGACAUAAGAAAAGUAACACAACACUGACAGACUAUCCUCCUACGUCGCCAUCAAACAAGGAUAAAGGGACAAAGAAGAAAAGUACGUUUUACAAACGAAUCAGCGAUUACGAUGACCUUGACAAAAUGAAGGAGAGGGCCUCUAAGAAUAACUCUUUUAUUUAUGUAAAGAUCCCUGAAGUGUCCUUACUUGUCAGCUACAAGGGCGAAAAAGACAGGAACAUUAUGGAUGUUCAUGACUUCAGCCUGCUCAUUCCCACCUUAGAGUAUCACAAUCGUACAUGGACGUGGCAUGAUCUGUUGAUGGCCAUGAAGAAAGACUGUGUCAAUGUGCUUGUAUCACAAGCUAUAAAGGAAAAGCUUCAUCUUGUAGGAGGACAUGGCACAGAAACCAAGGAGUCCAAAUCACAAGCCAAGGAAGAAGAUAAAGCACGAAUGCUUUUAGGAGGCUUUCAACAGAAAGAUCAGCAUAAGAAGUCAAAGAAAAAGUUGUUUGGCAAAUUGGCGAAGGUCGCUCGAGGCUCGAAACGAAAAGGUCUCUUGCAGCCUGACGGAGCAGGCCCUGAGCCUGUUGACCUACAAGAAGAUCAAGAUUUUGAGGAAUUCGGUACCUUUGAGAUCGAUGAUCAACCACGGACAGAAGAUGAUGAUGAAGAUAAAGAUGAUACCGGUUAAAUUAGCUGAUGUUGUUACAACUUCUGUGCUUAAAUUACAACUUCUGUGCAAAAUGAGGGGAAAUCAAGAAUAGAUUAGAUGGAGAAUUCCCAUAAUAAAUCAACAAUCAGCCUUGCGAAUUUUAUUUUUAUGAAUGGGAUAAAAAUAUGAAUGUAUAAGUCACUCUUUGUCCUAGAACAAAAAUUUCCAACCUACAUUAUUUGAAACACAUACCGUUCUUGAGGAUUACGUAUUAGGUGGUUUUCAACUUGCUUUCUCUAACGUAGAUUUUAAGGUGCAACUUAAAAGAGGAUGGGGAAUUGACACUUAGUUGAAUUUUGAACGGUUCGAUUUUUUUGACAGAACAACUUACGUGACCAGUGAAAGAUGAAUAUUGUGAUACCAUUGGUUACGUAGAGAAAUUAUUUAAAAUUACGUUUUCAAAAUGAGAUGUACAAUUAUAGUAAUUAAGUGCGAGCUGGAGGUAUUAUUUAACCUUAGAGGCUUAGCUGUGAAUUUUGUUUAGGAUUAUUUGCAAUCAAAUGUAAAGACGAGUUCAUAAAUAUUGUGGAUACCCUAGGAUUUGAAUUAAGGGAUCCCAAUUUUCCAAAUAUUAUUAAAUCGAAUCAGGUCGUUAAGA